AAGAGCAAAUAUUUGUUGGAAAACUUCUAUAUGGGACAGACACCUUCAUCUCAUUUUUAAACACAGUUGAUUGAGCAAAGUAACAGAGGAGCUACCUAAUAGAAAAUUACAAGAGCUCAUUACUGGAUGACAACAUGAAAACAGGAAUUUACCUGCUUCUCUUAGGUGGAAUAUGUCUUGAAAUCAGCCAGGCUGGCAUCAAUUCUAAAAUUCCCAAAACAAAAAAAGAGAAUAAUUUACUGGAAAGAGAAAAAAAUGUUAGUAUUUCUGAAGAGUGGCACCAGCAUAAAAAUAUCUCCAAGCUUUUUGAAGAACAAGGUCUUGAAGAGUUCACUCUUUACAACUUCACAGAAAAGACUGCAAACUUUGGAUUUAACCUUUACAGAAAAAUUUCAAUGACACAUGAUAACAAUGUAAUCAUCUCUCCCCUUUCUGUAUCAGCUCUCAUGACUGCUUAUACGAUGGCAACCAAAGGAGAAACACGCAGACAAAUAGUAAAAGGUCUAAACCUCCAUGCUUUGAAGGACAGAGUGGAUCACCAUCAUUUACCAGCUUUAUUUAAACAACUAAAAGAUAACAUUACAAUGAAUGAUGAACUUCUCCUUGUGCAAGGUUCUCUUUCUUUUAUUGAAAAGGACUUCAGAUUGAAGGAGUCUUUCCUCAAUUUAUCUAAGCAGUACUUUGACAUGGAAUUCCUCCGAGUGGAUUUCCAAAACUUCACACAGGCAAAAUUUGUCAUAAAUCAAAAUAUUAACAAAAAAACAAAAGGAAAAAUCCCUGAGCUUGUUGAAGAGCUUGACCGCCAUAAUAAACUGCUACUUGUGGACUACAUUGUCUUUAAAGGCAAGUGGGUACAUCCAUUUAAUUCCAAAUUCACAAAAACAGAGACUUUCCACAUAAACAAAUACAGAAGCGUGCAAGUACCCAUGAUGUUCAAGUCAGAUAAAAUUAAUUCAACUUUUGAUGAGAACUUAAGAUGCACUGUGAUAAAGCUACCCUACAAAGGGAAAGCCCACAUGCUGAUAGCCAUCCCAGAAAAGGAGGGAGAUUACAUUUCACUUGAAGACCAUUUGACUACAGAGCUUGUGGAAUCCUGGCUUGGAAACAUGAAGACCAGAAAAGUGGACAUUAUACUGCCAAAAUUCAAACUCGAGCAAAAAUAUAAAAUGAAGAAAUUGCUUCAUGCUCUUGGAAUUAAAAAACUCUUUACACGUACAGCAGAUCUUAGUCAUCUCACAGAUCAAGAAUAUGUAGCAGUUUCACAGGUUGUCCAAAAGACAGUAAUUGAAGUGGAUGAGGAAGGAACUGAGGCCACAGCAGCCAGUGGGUCAGAAAUCACUGCAUUCACAGUACCUCCUGUCAUCAAAGUGGACCGACCAUUCCUUUUUAUGAUUUUUGAAGAAACUUUUAAAACACUGCUGUUCAUUGGCAGGGUAGUUGACCCAACAGAAAUGUGAAUAAAGGUAACAGUUUUUAAUCUGGA